AUGCAAGGUCGCGACACCGGUGGUGGGGGUCAUCAGCGAGGGAGAGCUCAGGUUGAGGGAAACAGAAUGUUGGCGGAUAGAGGUGGUUUAUGGUAUAGGGUCCUAGUAGUGCGGUAUGGUGAGACGGCUGGGCGGUUGGAGGUUGGGGGCAGGAGUGUUUCAUCUUGGUGGCGGGAAGUAGCGAAGAUUAGGGAUGGGGUAGGCGAUGUAGAGGGGGGCUGGUUUGCAGAGAGGGUGUCGAAAAAAGUAGGAGAUGGCUCUAGUACUUACUUUUGGUAUGACAAGUGGCUUGGUGAUGUUCCUUUUUGUAUCAGGUUCCGUCGUCUAUUUAAUUUAGUGUCUAAUAAGUUGAGCACGGUAGCUGAUAUGGUUGAUGGAGAGGCGUGGAGUUGGCGGCGUAGGUUGAGGGUGUGGGAGGAGGAUAUGCUAGAGGAGUGUAGGCAUUUAAUUAAUGGUGUCGUUUUGCAGUCUGAUAUUUCUGAGAGGUGGCAAUGGGACUUUGAUUCUGAUUGCGGUUACACGGUGAGAGGUGUCUAUCAACAACCGACAGCUCAGGUUCAACCUCCAGAUGCUACCAUUGGAGAUCUUAUCUGGCAUAAUCAGGUGCCGCUUAAGGUUUCCAUUUUUGCUUGGAGAUUGUUAUGGGAUAGGUUGCCGACUAAGAAUCAUCUCCUCCGGCGUGGCAUCAUCGUUGGCGAGGUAGCAUUGUGUGUUACUGGGUGCGGCAUGACAUAG